AUGGGCAGCCCCACGGGCGCCCGCGUGUCCAGCGGUCGAGCUCGGCUGACACGCCGGUUCGCUACGCAGAGCCCCACCCCCACCACCAGCCGAGCCCCACCGCCGCCGCCACCGCCGCGGCGUCCGGCGACCUCGCCGAAGCGGUCGCCGCGGCUUCCGGCAGCCCCGCCGACGAGGCCGUCGCGGCGCUCGCCACCCGCCCCCGCGUCGCCGCCACGGCGCUCGCCACCCGCCCCCGCGUCACCGCCGCGUCGCUCGCCACCCGCCCCCGCGUCGCCGCCGCGUCGCUCGCCACCCGCCCCCGCGUCGCCGCCGCGUCGCUCGCCACCCGCCCCCGCGUCGCCGCCGCGGCGCUCGCCACCAGCCCCCGCGUCUCCGUCGCGGCGCUCGCCACCCGCCCCCGCGUCGCCGCCGCGGCGCUCAGCCGCCGCGUCGCCGCGAACCCCUCGACACCUUGCUGCGGCCAGGUUGCCUCGGCGCUCGGCUCCGACCUCUCCGCCGUGCACGGCGCGCCGAGUCGCGGCGAGCCCUCCAGUCGGUUCUCCCCCGCGCACCGUCCCACUGGUGAGGCGCAGGGCCACUUCGCCUACCUCUCCGCCUGACGCGUCUCCGAGAAGCACAGCAGGGCGCCCUCUGCGCAGCUGCCGUCGUCGGUUGAUUCCUCCCGAGGUUUCAGAUGGUCCAGGAGCAUUGGGCGCCGCGGCACCUGUCUACCGUUCGUCCUCGGCACCGCCAUUGGCUGGAUAUUCGACUAGGCAGUUCUCGGCGCGUCGACGUGGACGUCGUUCUUCACGUUUAGCGCUGUUGGAAUCAUGGCCGUAUUUGCAGACCAUGGAGGAUGUGCGGGUUUACUACUGGACAGGUCCUAGGCGUCGCGGUAUUCGUACCAAACCUAAUUUCAAGAAGAUCCUUGAAAACUGGGUGGAUGAACUCUGACUUGGAUAACUAAGAGGUUUGAUGAAGCAAAACGAUGCAGCUGAUCUCAGGAGUGGUGCCAUGAUGCUGAAGGAUAAUGCGUCGAGAAUGAAGCAC